AUGCUGGGAGGCGCGACCUGGCGUUUCGGCUCUGCCAUCGUGGGCUCCCCGAUCACCGCCGACUUCGUGAGCCAGGCCUCCGUGUGCGCAACGGCGGCCGACCUCGUGGGGAGUGUGCGCGGGGCACUGCCCCUCGUCUUCUGGAUCGGCGUCGCCGUGGGGUUCCUGCUGGGCCGUUCCAGCAUCUUCGGCUGCAGGCGGAAUAGUGCUGAAGGAGUGCACAGCGCGAUGGAGCUCGAUCGGAGGGGCCGUGGACGCCCCGCUUCGAUAAUCGGACGCCAGCUCGAUACAAAGGCCGAGCCCUCCGGAGCGGAGUGGAACCCGUCGCCCGCGUUUUUCUUUGAGUACUUGGAGUUCGUGACGUGGAUGACCUUCGACGCGAUGUUGCGGACGGCCCCCGAGCACUCCGACGCCCUCGAGGAGCCCGAGGCCGAGCAGUCAGGGCGGCCAACCCAGGCUCCAGCGAAGAAGACGCCCGACCAGACGGAGAAGCCAUGUCACCCCAAGUUAUUGAAGAGCCCGGGCGAGGUUAUUACGUUGCCGCCUGACGUGCAUGUGGAGGAGGGGAUGCCCGACCCUUCCCCAGAUCGUCGGCAUGCCGCGUGGACUACUAGCGACAAGCAUUUGGGCAAGAUCACUGACCUGAAGGCCAUGCUCUCCUUCACGAUCUCGGGGAUCGGCCUCGCCCUGUACCACGGCCACGCAGUGAUCUAUUCCACGCAGCCGCCGAAGGACACGUCGCUGGACGCGCGGGUGCUCGGCAUCCGCGAGACGAAUGAGGCGGGCUUGACCGCAGGGGAUCAGUCCGUUGUAGAUCACGAACGUUGUUGCCGACUUUUGCAGUUGGCCACGGUCCAUGACCAGUUGGAUAUCACCGAGCUAGCUUGCAUGGAGCUGGUGUCUCGGAAAUUACAGAUGUGCGAGCACAGGCAUCGCGAGCGCGCCACUGGCGCCAUCCAGGGCGACGAGCUCCUGGAGGACGCCCAUCUCUACCUGGGCGUCGGCGAGACGCGGGUCAUGGCCAUGGCCCCACCUUCCUUGCUCUCGUCCGUCUCGGAGAAGCUGAAGACGGAGGCCGCCAUCCUGAAGGAGCCACGGAAGAUGAGGGAAGAGCGCGCCGAGCACCAGGCGUCGGCAAGCAGCAAGGAGGGCAAGGGCGGCCAGACAGCACCCCAUGGCUCGGCGCACAAACAGAGCCCAGAGACCACGAAGUUGAAGGCUCAGCUCGCCACGCCCGGCAUGGCCGGCUGGAAGGGCGACGAGCUUGGCCGCCCGCCUGGCGGUAAGUAA